GUCUUGUCCUCCCCACCGUCCGGAGAGCUCCCGGCCACCUCCCCGAGCCAUCGCGAUUAACCUUCCUGUCCGUCGGCGAUGGAAGACGGAACUCCACCCUCUUACCUGCUAGUGACCACCUCUUUUAUCUGUGGUACAACCCGACAAAAACCGAGAAUGUUCAUGAUAGACAACCAGAAAUCGCCGCGCCUUCUUUCCAUCCCCGUUGACGACGAUGGCAUGCCGGUCGACACGUCAGCGCUGACCAUCGUCAAGACGUUUCUGUUAUCGUCGGGAUCCGACAGUCCGGGCCAGAUUUACAUAAGCCGCCAGUGCUUCGUGUCGGACGGAAGUUGUCUCUACUUCCGUGAGGAGACACGUGGCCAGAUCUACGCCAUCGACACCAGAUCGGCCUCCGGCCUAAUUACACACAUCGCUGGAGGUCCUGGAAGCGAUCCCGUAAGGGAUGGACCGGCCUUCAACGCCUCCUUCUCCGAUCUUCGAGAGAUGGUGGUUACGCCCGACUGGUGCAACAUCUUCGUCACGGAGCUGGAAGGCUAUGUGCGCUGGAUAAAGCUGAACGCUACAUGCCAGGCCGGAGGGAUGGUGGAGACGGUAGCGAGGCACAACAGCGCUCGUCUGUGGGGCUUGGCUCUGCACAGACAAGAACGCAGAUCUCGCCCACCUGUCGGCGAUCAACAUCAACGGCGAAGCUCCUCCGUUUCCUUGACGACGGACGGGACCGGGACUCAGCCGUCUGGAGCAUCCUUGCUGGAAUCCCGAUCUAAAGACGACCGCGAUCUGCAGCCAACUCAGGUCGUCCGAUUCAGUCUGAAGGAGCUCUCCCGGUGUUGCGGCAAUUUCGACGACAGGCGGCUGGUGGGUGAUGCAGGCGCGUCCGGGCAAGUCUAUCACGGAGUCCUUGAGGGGACACAGGUGGCGCUCAAGGUGAUGACAGGCGAUCUAACGGCCAUCAAGAGGAAACAGUUUCGCGUGGAAGUCAACACGCUCAGCAUGCUUAAUCACCAUAAGCUAAUCCGUCUCAAAGAUAUUAUUGCGGAGGGGCUGAGGUACCUCCACGAAGGUCCUGGCCCGCCGGUCAUUCAUCGGGACAUCAAGAGCAGCAAUGUCCUGAUUGAAGAUGAUCCCAACGGGAAGCUGCAUGCCGUCUUGGCAGAUUUCGGCCUCGCCAAAAUAGGAAGCGAAAUUUUUGGAACGUCUCAUCAACAGCACGUGCAGACUUCGCACAUCGCCGGCACUUUCGGAUACAUGGCGCCAGAGUACAUGCUUGAUGGAAGGCUCUCCGAGAAGAAUGACGUGGUCGCCUUCGGCGUGAUGAUCCUCGAGCUGCUGAUGGGGAGGAAGGUGGUCACUAAGACUUCUUCUGGCGUGGGAUGGGUGCCACUUGUCGAGUGGGUGAGGCGCUUCGUCGAGCAGCAGAGCGGCAGUCUGUUCGGUCCUGGCAUGCCAGACGCAAUCCUUGACCCCUGCUUGAAAGAUCGGUGGGUCUUGACUGCUGCAGAGAGGCAGAUGGCGAUGGAGAUGCUUCGACUGGGGUUGGACUCUGCCCAUGAACGCGAUGUCAUGCGACCAACGAUGGGAGAAGUGGUGGACGCAAUCCGCAACAUCUGGCGUAGCAUAAAAGCUAAAGAUGAGUCGGAUCAUGAAAAAUAGUACAUGAUGUUGCGGUAGUUAGUUAUACAGUUAGUAAUGAAAUGAUUACCUAAUU